GCCAGAGGCUCCACUCUUAGUGCGCUGUGGCUGUUUCUGAUGCAUUAUGGGCUCGUCUGGUUUGUAGACCCAGCUAUCUAUGGCGAGAUCCCGUCCUCGCACCCCUAUGUGACCGGCAUGAGCAUCGUCAUGGGACUGUCACGGUGGGGUUUGCAGGGGGCGCUAAUCGGGCCAGUGAUAGUGUGCAUCCCAGUGAUCAUGUACCAGCUGUACUUCGACACUCACGCCCAGGCUAAGCCGCACUCCCCUUCGUACAGACCAUCCGCCAGCCGACACACAACUCCCAUGCACACUCCCAAAGGAACACCCCACAGACCAACCCCAAACAACGGGUUAACGCCGAAUAAGUAGACCCAAACAAGCGAUACAACCCUAAGAAAAGCUCCUAUAUAGCGCAGAACGAGACUCACCACUCCUGUGCAGGCACAAAGAGUGUCAAGGCUCAGAUAGGCCUAUAUAUGGAUUAGACGGAUUAGCCCCAUAUGUAUAGUUGCUGCUAUCUUUAUAUUGAAGGUUAUCAGAGGUUCUAUCGCCGGAUUGCCGGGCAUGUAGCUACUGUCACAUAUCAUAUGAAAGCCUUCAGUAGCUAUGUCGCACAAUUUGGUACCCACACUGCCCCUCGCAUCCACGAAACGGCUAAGUAGACAGAUGUGGUG